CUCCGCGGUUCGCCCUCUGCGUUCACAGUCUGUAUUUUUCUUUGUUUGAUGAAAAGCUGAGGCAAAACUUGAUAGAGAGAGAAGAAGAAUAUAUCUUAAGAAGUAUGUCAAAGCGACGAAGGUCAACCACUACUGAUGUUAAAGAUGAUGAUGAUCUCCACACUUCUCCAACGUCUGUUGCUAUCAAAAGAAGAAAGAGGUCCGUCAAUGUCAAUGAUGCUGGUGAAGUUAUUCAGGAGUUAUAUGACAUCAUCAGAAACUACAAGAAUGAAGAUGGUAGAGUUAUAUGUGAAGCUCUUAUCAGAAUUCCCAAAAGGAGGACUACACCAGAAUAUUAUGAAGUGGUUUCUAACCCCAUUGAUAUGCUGAAGAUUCAGCAGCGUAUGAAAACAGAAGAAUACGACACAGUGGAUGACAUGGCGGCUGAUGUGGAGCUCAUGGUUAACAAUGCACAGGCUUACUAUGAGAAAACUUCCAAGGAGCACAAAGAUGCUGUAGAGCUGUGGACAGUGUUUUUACAAUCUCGUAGAGAACUGUUGGAUGGUCCUGAUCCUAAAGAAGCUUCAGCACCAAACAAUGAGGACAAUCAGCUGCAUCGUCUGAGUGUAUGUGUUGAGUCCCAUGGCUCCUACAGACAGAUGGAGCCCCAGAAAUCACCCAUAGUCCUCUUAAAGAAACAGGACUAUCCCCACAUACCAGCAUUUCAGCUGGCUGGUAUGAGUAGUAACUAUGUCAUACAGGAAGAAGCAAGAACCAGUGAGAUGGGUGAUGAUGCAGCAAUAGAAGAGGAGAAUAGUGGAGGACAAGUAGAAGAAAGUGGGUAUAUCAUAGAUGAUCCAAAUGAUCCAUGUGAAAUCCUCUUCAGUGCUGUGAUGGGUCAUAGAGAUGUCACAGGGCGUAUCGUUAGUUUGAUGUUCCGCAAGUUACCAAGACAACAAGAAUUUCCUGCCUAUUAUGAGAUCAUUGAUAAUCCUAUUGAUCUCUGUGAUAUUGCUAUCAAGAUUAAGAACAAGAAAUAUGACCGUCUUGCCGAUUUAGACAAGGAUCUUUCUCUGAUGGUGAAGAAUGCCAAACAGUUCAAUGAACCUGGCUCUCAGAUCUACAAAGAUGCUGUCACACUCAGGAAAGUCAUGACUUCUAAGAAAUCAGAGUUAGAGAGACAGAGUAGAGAAGGGAUUAAUCAAAAACAGAGACGACCAUCGGCCCAUGGUCAAUCUGCCAUUACUGAAGCUCUAAAUCUUGCUGGUUACUCUGGAGUAGACAACAAACAUCCAGGCCUUAGUUUAGCCCCUCCCCUUCCUCCUCCAGCCCAUCCCCUCUCUGUCUCUACGGCCACCUCAGUUGUUAAAAGCUCUGAUGUCCCUUCAUCCACCGAUGGUGAUGAUAAUGACGAUGAUGAUGAGGGUUUCUCAGCAGACAGUCUGGACCCUCGCCAUGUGCUCUUUAAUUUUGUGCUGAAUUUCCGCAACAAUCUAGGACAGCUGCUUUCUGAGCCUUUCAUGAGAUUACCAAACAGUCGGAUCUAUCCAGACUACUACAGAGAGAUAAAGAAACCCAUUGCACUCACUAAAAUCAGAUCAAAACUCAAGAACAACAAAUACAAGGGUCUAGACGACUUAGUAACUGACAUGGAACUGAUGUUUCAGAAUGCCUACCAUUACAACAUGCCCUCCUCCCAGCUGUACAAAGAUGCAGAGAAGUUACAUAAAGCCAUGCAGCAUAAGAAGAGAGAGGUUGAAAAGGGAGACGGUAUGAAAGCAUCACCUCUACCACUACCUCAAGAAGAAGAGGUCCCGUCAACAUCACCUAUCUUGAAGAAGGAACAUGAAAGUGAAGAUGAAGGGAGUGAAAAGGGUGGAAGAAGACGAAGAAGUGGAGUACCACUCUGGAAGACUAGACGUUCUGAUGUGGACUCGACUCAGAAACCCAAGAUGAUGGCUCUGUAUCAAACCCUAGUACUAUACAAGGAGGAAUCAGGACGUAGUCCCAUUGCCCUAUUUAUGGAGAAGCCUUCUAAGAAGGAGUAUCCAGACUAUUAUCACAUCAUCACGGAACCAAUUGACAUGAAGACUAUCGAAAGCAACAUCAAAAAUGACAAGUACCAAACUGAGGAAGCUUUGAUGAAGGACUUUGCCUUGAUGUUUGAAAAUGCCCGUCAUUACAACGAGGAAGGCUCUAUGGUCUAUGAGGAUGCUAAUCUAUUGGAAGCACUUCUGAAAGACAAGUGUAAUGAAAUUGGUCUGUCUUCAGGGCCAGUUGACGGUGGUCGUGGUACACCUAAAUCAAUUGGUCAGAAGAGGACUCCAGUCAAACGAUCUCCCGCCAAGACAUUGAGUCCUCUAGCUCAAAAACUGAAUGAGCUUUUUAAUGCUAUCAAGAACUACACUGACCAACAUGGAAGAGAGUUAUCACCUCCAUUUAUUAGACUCCCAUCUAAAAAUGAAUAUCCAGAAUACUAUCAGGUGAUCAAGCGGCCUAUGGACAUGCAACGUAUUCAACAGAAGAUAAUAUCUAGAGGGUAUGAGCAACUAGAAGAUAUGGUCAAUGAUUUCCUUCUUAUGUUUGACAAUGCAUGCAAGUUCAAUGAACCAGACUCACUCAUAUACAAGGAUGCCUUGACCCUUCAGCGUAUCCUCCUCCAAACCAAGACAGAACUGAUGGGAGAUGAGACCUCUGGAGUCCCUGAUAUACAGGGAUUAGUCAGAGAGAUUCUUACCAGUCUCUUUGUAUCAGUAGCCAAUCAUCAGGAUGAGGAAGGGCGUUGCUAUAGCGACUCAUUAGCUGAGAUACCAGUUGAUAAGGAUGUCACUGUGGAUGAUCCAAACCUACAAAAGAAACCUCUUGAUCUCGAUACUAUUCGUCGUUACCUUGAUCGUGGUUGCUAUCGACGACUGGAUUGCUUCCAAGAUCACAUUUUCUUUGUUCUUGAAAGGGCUAGACAACUCAGCAGAACUGACUCACAGGUAUAUGAAGACUCAAUAGAGCUGCAGCGUUUCUUCAUCCAAAUUCGAGAUGAAAUUUGUAAGAAUGGAGAAAUUCUUCUGUCUCCUGCUCUUAGUUACACCCAUCGUCAUCUACAGAAUGCAUUGGAUAUACAGAAGAAAGAAAAGAUACCAAAGGAGAUGAAAGAGGAUAGUGAGAAGAAAGAAGAUGAGGAAUCGAAGAAGGACUCAAGUAUGGAAGAACAUCAGGAAGUCAAACCAGGAGAUAAACAAGAUAAUGAGAAUGAUGAUGGCCUGGUUGUGAAUGGAGUCACAUACAGAGUUGGUGAUUUUGUCUAUGUUGAACCCAGUGAGAAACAACUAAAGAAUCAUAUAGUAUGUAUUGAGAAGCUCUGGAGAGAUGCUGAUGGUGAGACAUGGCUUCAUGGAAACUGGUUCCUUAGACCAAAUGAAACAUUCCAUCUUGCAACAAGGAAGUUUCUUGAAAUGGAAGUCUUCAAGAGUGAUUACUACAACAAAGUCAAGAUUUCCCAACAUGUGCUUGGAAAAUGCUAUGUGAUGUUUGUCCGGGAUUAUUUCAAGCAUAAACCAGAAGGCUUUGAAGAAGAAGAUGUGUUUGUUUGUGAGUCACGCUACUCAGCCAAGGCAAAGGCUUUCAAGAAAAUCAAGAUCUGGGCAGUACCUACAAGCUCAACUAAGAUCAUCAACCGUGAUGAACCUUUGUCUAAAGUGAGAGUAGAAUCAGUGUUUGCUGGAUCACCACCAGAUAAAUCUCAUGAUGCGUUUGGUUCAUCUAUAAACUUACCAGCAUUUGACAAGGAGAGAGAAGAUGUUCUACAGGAAGGAGCUGGUGAUGGAGGUUUGGUAUACUAUGAACAGAUCUGUUGGAAUGGAGUAUGGUAUAAACUAGGUGAUGCUGUCUAUAUCAAGACUAUCAAAGGAAGACCACAUAUCUGCAGGAUGGAUAAAAUAUGGAAGAUCGCAAGUGGUGAGACCUUCUUCUUUGGACCUGUAUUCAUCCAUCCAUCUGAGACUGUUCACCCUCCUACCAAGAUGUUUUAUCAGAAUGAAGUAUUCCUUAGCUGUGUGGAGGAGUCCUAUGGUAUGAUUCAUAUCCUUGGAAAAUGUUCCCUUAUGCUCUUCAAGGAUUACAUCUCAGGUCGGCCAACUGAGUUUGCUGAAAAGCAUAUCUACGUGUGUGAAUCCCAGUACAAAGAUGUGGAUCAUUCUACACGGAAGGUGAAGGGUCUGAAGAGACAUAAUGUCUCCAACAAAGUGAUUGAUGAUGAGAUCUACUUCUUCAAGAAACCCAUCACUCCCGUCAAAGAGCCAUCUCCCCUCUUACGGGAGCAGGUAGAAGAGGAGGAAGAAGAGGAAGAGGAAGAAGACGCAGAAGAGAUGGAGAGUGAAGAGAAGGAAGAGGAAGAGAUGGAGAUUGGUUUAGAGCUGGGUGAUGAUGAUUCUCAGAAAGCUGAAGAAGAAUUGAUUAGGAUGGCAGAACAGUUUGGUGAUAUAGAUGAUUCAGCUUCAGUAGCAUCUAGUAUAUCAACACCAAAGAGCAGCAAAAAGAAAGACGAUUCAAAGAUGGUGAGAAAUCCAAGUGCUUUCAUUCUAUUUGCUAGUGAGAAUAGAGCAGCUUGUAGGAAGAAUAAUCCAGAGAUGACAUUUGGAGACAUCAGCAGAAGCAUUGGCCAAGAUUGGCGUAAUCUAUCUAAGAAGGAGAAGCAACGAUUUGAGAGCAUGGCCGCCCACAUUGCAGCCACCAGACCUCCAAAGAUGAGGGAAGAGAAGAAGAGUAAAGACAAGGAUUCAGCUAAUAAAGAAGGUGGAAAUGCAGAACAGGUUGGAAUCCAGGUUUAUGAGUGUUGCUGGGAUGGAUGUGACUUCAUGUUUGAAGAAAUGGAUGAUCUGGUAAACCAUGUUGUUGAGAGCAGUGGACAUCUUAGAUCUUCUAGCACUACAGUUGAAGUUGAAGUUGGUGAAGGACAGACCAAACGUGAAACUCAUUUCCUGUGCUGUUGGAAGAGUUGCACACGUUUCAAGAAAAAUCAGCCAUUCCCAGUGUAUUCUCGUCUUGUAAGGCAUUGUAAAGAAGUUCAUAUGAAGCAUGCAGCUAGAUUUGUACUUCCUCAUCAACUUUCAAGGAACUAUCACUCCCAUGCUGCUCUUCAUGGUCCUAAUGCUCCACGUCCAUCUACUCCAGGCACUAGUGCAGUCAUGGGUGUGGUUGGACCACCUACUCCUGUUGGCAUGGCAACUCAACAGAUCAACCAAUCAUAUGGAGGCGGCUAUGGUAUGCAAGGUGAUAUGUAUAAUGGGGGUAUGCCAGCACCCCCUAGUGGACCUCAUGGGUCACCAUAUCAUCAAGGCAUGCCACCCUACCAACCAGGCAUGCACCCCCAAGGCCAGCCGUAUACUCCUACGUCUGGCAUGCAUCCCCCUCCUACCCCUCAUAUGGGCAUGUUACCCCCUCAUCAGCAAACACCGGGCAUGAUGCAACCCCCAUAUGGUAUGCCAAGGGGUCAGGCUAUGAGCCCUCAUGCUGGGGCACACAGCCCAGCUCAUUAUCAAGGUGGUGUACCCCCUGGUCAGCAGAGUAUGGCAGCUCAGUACCCCCCAAUGGCACCUCCUCAACCAAUGUUUGUACCCGCCCCACCAAAGACACAAAGACUACUCCAUUCAGAGGCUUAUAUCAAAUAUAUAGAGGGACUAAAUAACAGGACUGAUACAAUCAGUGAUUGGAAGCAUAGCCUCAGCGCUACCAAGGAAACGGUACCAUUGUCUGACAAUCAGAAACAACGUCUACCACGUCAUUGGUUUGCACAGGGAGUGUUAGGAGAUGAUGAUGAUAUUACCAAUGCUCUGUGGAAGAUGAGAGACAUCAUGCAGAAUGACUUCUUACAGGUGUCAAAGGCAUUCCAAUUUGAAACCCCUGGAAUUCGGAACAGCCCUCCUAUAGAGAAUGCCAGUUUGGAUGUAUAAAUGUCAAGAAUGAAUGCCACAAUUCAUUGUGAAUAAGCUGCUGCAAAAUUAUUCUUGUUGCCUUCUAUUUAUUGCUUCAAACCUUAAUAUUUCCAGGUGGCAAUUUACAUGAGAAGAGUCAUGUGCAUUUGUACAUAAUGGCCUGUCUAUAUUUCAUACUCUACUCUUCUAGUGUUAGCGAUGUUUAAUUAUUACAUUACUUUGAAAUUUAGAAUGGUCCUAAAUCUUUACCAAUCCGAUUGAUCAGAAUAUAUACAAUUCAUCAACAUUUAGGCAUUUGAUUAUACAUACGACAUGAAUUUGUUUCUAAUCUGUAAUAUAUGUUGUGAACUGGAUUUUGGCUAAAAUGUAAUGACUUGGUGCUAUGCUGUCAAGAAUUUAAAGCUUCUGUUGUAAUUGCUGGUAUUCAAACUAAAUGGACAAAAUAGCAGUUGUGUAGAAGGUUGUAGCAAUGUUGCUAAUCAUAUGGAUAUUUUGUCAAGUGUUGAACAGUUUUGAAAAGUAGAAUUAGAAUAUUAUGUGAUAAAUACGGAGUUGAUGAUGAUUCAAAGAUAUUUCACAUAAAAAUAUUGAAUUGCAAAUUUUUAUUUUAUUUUCAAGUCAAUGAAUUGUAGGGCAGUGGGGGAAUCUGUCAAGUUCAAUAAAAAUUCUAGAAGAGAUAUGUAAAGAUAGGGAGACAAAGAGGAAGCUAUGAGUUCAAGAAUAUGUGGGUUGGCUGAAAAUGUUCUUAUGUCACAAUUUAUUAAGGAGAAAGGAUGAUAGAUCACUAGAAAAAUACUAUCUCAUCUGCGUGAUAGAAUUAUGAUUUAUUAGUGAAAACCAAACAUUUUGAUCUAACCUGUGAUGAACUGAUUUAAGCUUGUGAGAUUAGAGAGAUUAAUUCUGAAUAUUAAGCUUGGUUUAGAAAUCCAUCAAGGUAUGCCAGAUAUAAAUUUAACCUUAGCUGAGGAGAGAGACAUGCUUAGAUAAUGAUCAGUUAACAUUCUAUUUCAAUUUGAAAGAAUCAAAACGAUAUGAAGGGAUCAAACUGCCUUCUUCCCCCAAAGGGAGAUGAAAUCAGCGUCCUAGAUCUCAUACCAAAACGUCAGGCAGGAGGAAACCUACACAAGGAAUGUGAAAUCUACUUUCUGACAUGUGUUUGUGAAAUAUUAUUGAAACCACAUCCUUACCAGAAAUAGACACUGAGAUCACAAUUUCCUGAAAUUAACCAGAAAUAGAAAUGCUCACCUGCUUUUGAGACAUUCCAGGGAAAUAUGUUGAUGUUGAUUUCUGUUAUCUUGCUGGAGAAAGAUUUCCUUGUACAGGAUGAAUUAACAAUAAUUUCUGUUAUUUGUGCAUGUAUUUGUGUAAGUGAAUUUUUCUAUACAAUUUAUUUUUUCUUUUAUAAAAUUAAUAAGUUCCUCAAGUACGUCCAAGUUCGUUUGGGUUUUUGCUGUCAGUUUUCUUGUCUUUAUUGUGUUUGUUUCUUGUAAAGCAUGUCUCACUCAGCUUUUGUGUAACCUACUUUAGAUAUCAUUUGUAAAUCUUACUCCUGAUUACAGACUCUGUCAUGAGUAAGCAUAAAUUUAUGAAUGACUAAUUGUAAUUUCCAUUUUGGAUGAUGGUAAUAUGACUGCAAUUAGAAAUAUGUAUAAAUGUAUUCAUUAAUGAAAUGAGCUCAUUCACAUUUCCUAUUAAAUAAUUUAAAAGUCAUUUGAAGUAUUUACAAAAAGUAUUUUGUUGUAGGAUUGUACUUAUCUUUUUCAUUGCCUCUAGAAAACUUUCUCCAUUCCUCGAAUAUGGUAAUUAAAGGUCCAUCUAUACUUCUGUCUUGACUUGUAAUAUAAAUGUUUCCCAUGUUCCCAGUCUUUGUUAUAACCAAAGAACAAUUACUGUAUUUGGUGCAUUGGAUUGUUAUGCUGAUGUAUGUCUUGUUAAAUUAGUGGUUAUGUAUGUGGUUAGAUGUACAUGGGGUUACUAGGGAAGGGUACAUUUGGAAGAAAUGAAAUAAAUAUGAUGUGAAUCAUA